AUGCGAGGUAUCUUUGGCGCUGUGGAAAUGGGUGAUUUGACCUUCCAUCUGUUUGUACUCGUUGGGUCUCUCUCCUUUGGGAGGGCUAUGAUAGGAGAAAUCCCCCUUCCCAGCGACCUUGAGAACUGUUUCCGGUCCUUUGCAAGGCAGACCUCUGUCUCUCAGACUGUUGGUCAAGCGAUUGGGUACCACUGUACACAACAGUUUAUGUGGCGACAGGCUGGCGUCAACAACUGGCUGAGGUACAAUAUUACCAGGCAGGAGUACGAUUGGUUCUCCAGCUUGCUCUAUCUUCCAAAUCGUAAUAAACGUUACGCCAAGAAACCGGAAGUGCGUGUCAGGAAGGAAAUACGGACAUUGACCGAGAGCGAACGAGCCGAUUACCACCGAGCUAUCCAACUUCUCAAAUCGGACACGAGUAUCUAUCCAAACAAAUAUGACUCGUUCGCUAACUUACACACUGGACUGACCACCACGGCGUCCCACGGGGGUCCCAACUUCCUUGGCUGGCACAGGGUUUACCUCCUCAUGUUUGAAAAUGCGUUACGGCAGAAGGUUCCAACUGUGACCAUUCCAUACUGGGCUUCCUCCAUGGACUCAAAGUUACGGGACCCCACGCAAUCCGGUAUUUGGUCUGACCGCUUUUUCGGGAAUGGUAAUGGUUUAGUAAGAAUGGGCCCAUUCGCUGAUUGGAUGACCAGAUCAGGUCCCCUUAUACGUAAUAUUGGUGAAUCAGGAGGUUAUCUCUUUAGGGAUGAAGGGAUACAGAAUGUACUGCGGGAAACUAGAACUGCCGCUAUCACGGAACCACAGGCGGCCCCGAACAAUAACCUUGAGUUUCUCCACGGGCGUAUCCAUGACUACAUCGACGGCCAAAUGUCCAUGUUAGCGACGUCUUCCCAGGAUCCUGUGUUCUUCACCCACCAUGCGUAUGUUGACUUCAUUUGGGAGGUAUUCCGGGGAAGACAGAGGAGUUUAGGGAUAGAUCCUCAGAGUGAUUACCCGGAUGUUGUUAAUCAUACCCUACAUACGGCGACAGCUCCGCUAGGGUUCGGCAAUCUCCGGAAUAUCGACAGUUACAGUAAUGGAUUCAUUGACGGUAUAUAUACAUACGCGCCCGUGCCUUUUUGUUCGCUAAGUGAUAGAGACUGUGGGUCGCCCUACCUCCGCUGUGAGAUAAACAACUCACAGGCUUCCUGUGUCGCGGUGACUGGACAAAUUUCGCCUCCACGUCAAGACCAGAGCGCCAGGCAACCUACACAGGUCGUCCCAAACUCUAAUAAUGGGAACAACGCUCAGCGGAACACAAACAGUCGGGCAGCAGGGAUACCGUUGGGGCGCAUGGGCGGAAUGGGUCAGGUGACUGGCACAGGGCAAAUCAAUAAUAUGGAAGCACGUCAGGUACAAAAUAUGGCAAGGGCAGGGGGUUCCACCUCAGCAUUAAAUCGUGAUUUUGAAAGAAGAUUCUUCGGAGGCAUGGAUCCAGACCUUCUGACCCCACUAGUGGAUAGCACUUCUAACGUUACGGACAACCAACAAGGACAGACAGCUACGUCGGACACAACACAGAGCAACGUCCAAUGUCCAGCUAUCCCGAUAAACCAGGGAUAUCAAAACACGUACAAUUUGAACGGAAGAGCCGAUAUUCGCCAAUGGGUAUAUCUCCCGGUUAAAAUCAUAUCGCGCAGACCUCCGAAUUUCCGUACUUAUCGGUCUUUCCCCGUAAUGGAUGGCCGUGUAUCUGAAGAAUCAGACAUUUAUUCUCCGUUAGGCUACGACAAACUGAAGGAUCGUUUUGCUUCCGGGAAACUCGCCACAACCCCAACAUGUCGAAACGGAAACGCAGAUUCUGGAAAGGUUUUCGUCCAAUCAAAUGGCAUCAACUACUUGGGAACUUAUAAGGAAUACGCUAUAGUGGAUAGGAGAUUAGCGAUUUCUAUAGCAACAACGUUUGUGGCUGUAAAGAGUCCUUCAGAAGGUGCAACAGAUGUGAUGUUGUCCGCGUUUGAUUCUUGUGGGAGAGUAUGUAUGCCUUUUUGUCGUAACCCCGAGUCUAACAUCGGCGAGAUACGUCCAUGCUCUGGAGCUAUCCGCGUGACAACAGCACAUCCAAAGCUUUACGGCCUUGACUAUGGAGAGGCUGUUCUCGGAACCUGGUCCAUGACGGGGGCCGGGGGAUGUCCAACACUUGAUAACGAUCACGUGUUUGUGUCUUUCUAUUGCGAUUACGUCGAGACUUGGCCCUUUGUUGGGACCGAAGCUCCCGUCCCCACACCUGCUCCUGCUGCUGCUGCUGCUGCUGCUGCACCAGUCAUGGCGAUGACCCCUAAUAUUCAAACUGCUCCAAGGGUCACCAAUGAACAACAAGUACAGCCAAAUGUCGCUUGUCACAUUGGCCAGGGGUGUGUCAUCAACGACUACUGCCGUCCAUGUGUUGACGGCUCUGUGCGCAUGUGCCAAGGCAGCUGCUCGUCAUACGCUCAGUGUCGAGGAGGCAUGUACCAUAUACAAACCUGUAUGAACGGUCAGAUGUUCGACUUCCGGUCCCAAAUGUGUGUACCCGGAUUUACAGGAUGCCAAGGAAGAGGCGUCACUCCAGCAUUUCCACAGAUACAAAACCCAAAUCGUCAGCUGAUGAAAAGUCAAGGGGAUUCCGAUUAA